AUGAGUUCGCAUAGAGGAUCUAAUCCAGGCAUCAAAAGCAUUCCUAAAUCACCUGUUUCUAUCAAGAAUCCUAAUAAUGCAAUAAAUAAUCAAUAAAUUCAUAAUCUCACUACAAAGCUGCUUAGUAGUCCAUACAAUGUAGUUCGCCAAGGCUCAUAUGUUUAAGGAUCGCAGACUGAUAGACCUUCAAAUGUGGCUUAAGGUAUUAAUCGGCAACUAAGAAGUUUAUCUCCAGAUAUUGCUUUAGGAAAUCAGAAAGGUGCAUCCAAUUUAUUUAAUAACACUCUUGUAUAGUAAACACUGAAUUAACUCACUAAAAAUCUUGCUCUGCAUCAAAUGAAUAAAAAUUUGUAGAGAAGGCCAACAUUGAGCCUUAAUAAAUCUUAAUAAAAUCCUCAAGUGUAAAAUAGCAUUAAUUAAGGCAGUAACUUAAUACCAACUAUCAAUAGUAGCAGCAACAACUAAAAUAAUCGCUAAAACCCUAAUCCCAAUCUUGCUCCAGAUGUCAAUCAUUUAAUGCUUGAAAAGUAAGUAAUGAAUUUCAUAAAAGACGAUUCUAAAGAUAGCUUUUCAUCAGAGAUGGCUAAAAAGUAUCAAUCAAGAAUCCUUAGAUUACAAAAUGACAAUCAAUAACUAAUUUUGCUAUUGCAAUAAUAAGACGUGGUUUUAAUGGAUAGACUUUAAGAGGGCAGACUUGAAUCUGACAAUACCUCCUAAAUAUAGCAUAAGAUUUAUUCUCAAUUAUAAAAGCUUGGCUUUAUUGAUGAACAAUGGUAUAAUGAAUCGUAAAGAACUUGCACUUCAUAUAGAGAGCUACUUGUUACUGUUGAUGCAAUUUUAUCUAAGGAUAGAAAUCUGAAUACAAGUUAAUCUCUUCCAAAUAUAGAUCAGCAUCAUUUAGUAAUGUCAAACAGUUAACAAAGUAUCAUUACUAAUUUGAAAAAAGAAAAUGAAUAGCUAAAACAUCAAAUUGCAAAGCUUGAAAACAAACUCAAUCAUGUUGAGAGAUAAUUUAAACUAUAUGUAUUUGAAAGCCAUAGGAAAAAUAGUUAAUUAACUGAGUUAAAAGCUCUCAAGAAGUCAAUAACUCAAUAUUUUACCUCUCAAAAUUGUAAUAGUGGGUAAACUACUGGACUAUGGCCAACAGAAAAAUUCCCUUCAACAAUAAGAGAUGAGGGCGUUAAAACUAAUGAAGAGCCAAGUCCCUCAUUUCUGAGAAUAAUGGUUUAGGAUUAGAUAUUAGAGGAAGAUGAAAACGAUCAAUGCAAUAAUGGUGGAAUAUCCACUCCUCUAUUUGAAGAAUCUAUCGGCAGCAAUUACAAUAAUAGAACACCAAGUCCAGUUAAGAUCAGCAAGAAGAAUAUUAACCAACAUCACCACAACAAUCAUAACAUCAACGGUUUAUUUUAGAACUAAGCUGGACUCUUCGAUAAUUUUAAAGAUUAUUCAUUUGAGAUGAAUGAAGCUAACUAGAAUAAGCAAUAUCAAAACAAUAGUGGUAUUAGUUUGCCUGAGAUAUCGAAUUCAGGCAAUAUUCACAAUGCAACUGACUUUGGCCAUUAGAAAAUUACAUAGGGAAAUAACAAUAUAAGCUACAACAACAUUAAAGUGUAAAAUAAUAAAGUUGGUAGCAAUAGUAUGUUAAAGUAACAAUCAUCAAAUCAAAGCGAAUCGAUGAAUUAAGGUAGCAGAAGUAGCCAGGGACUUAACAUUUAAAAGCUAUUAGCUUAAGAAAAAAAAGCCAGGGCUCAGCGUAAUAUAUGA